AUGACGUCUUACAUUGCAAAGACAGCUGCCAGAAAACUUCUUGGUAAGAAGUUGCAAGAGAAGUUUGGUCAAGGGGACCCGUACUACGAAAAAGUUCCCGGCACAAAGCCAAAUGGAGAGCCCAGUGGGAAGCAGGUGAAGCAGAAGCGAGGCUUGCCUCCUGGCCUAUCCGACCACGAUGCCAAAGUUUUGAUGAGAGUAAGGAGAAGAGUCCACCAUUUGGACUGGUCUUUGUUCACGAUUUUCGGAGUCGGUUUUGGCUGGAGCACUGUAAUUGGCAUAAUUCCUGGAAUUGGAGAUGCCAUCGACGGAUUGAUGUCACUCUCAGUCUUCAGAAAAUGCUGCAAGGUUGAGGGCGGCCUUCCCGCCUCGGUCAAGCUGCAAAUGAUGGUCAACGUCGCCCUGGACUUCAUCAUAGGAUUGGUUCCUGGCGCCGAGGCAAUCUACAGAGGCAAUACAAGAAAUGCACUUCUUCUCGAGGAUUUCCUGAGAGAGAGAGCCGAAAAAAGUCUGCGCAAGACAGGCCACAUGCCGGAUCGCCCUCCUACAGAUGCGAGCCAUCGCGACCGCAGAGGGAUGCACAGAGAACAGUCGGGCGCCAAUCGGAAUCAUCGCCAAUACCAAGACGGUAUCAGCACCCCAGAUGAGUCUCCGGAGGGACGGCGAUCUACUAGGAAACGAAACGACCGGCGAUAA